AUGGAUUCCUCCAUUCCCUACUCGAAAGAACUGCAAUUGGCCUGUCUGACGGUGCAGAGAGCUACGUUAGCGACCAAAAAGCUACUCGAGGCUGUCGACAAAGGGUCGUUCGACAAGAGUGAUUCUACCCCUGUCACCAUCGCCGACUUCGCCGCCCAAGCAUUAAUUAUCGCCGCUAUUCAUCAUGCCUUCCCUGAUGACGUGUUUGUUGGUGAGGAAAGCGCUAGUGCCCUGCGAUCCGACCCGGCCCUCCUCGAGCGAACGUGGGAGCUGGUCGCUUCUACUCGAUUGACCGACGAGGAAAGCGAUGCGCAGCUCUAUACUCCAAAGACAAAGGAGGAAAUGUUGGAUAUCAUCGAUUUGGGGGCCCAGGGUACAUGUGGCUCGCAGAAUCGUGCCUGGGUGUUGGAUCCAGUGGAUGGGACGGCGACCUUCAUUCAAGGUCAGCAGUACGCCGUCUGCCUGUGUCUGCUGGAAAAUGGACUCCAGAAGGUUGGUGUUCUGGGCUGCCCAAAUAUGAAUCUGGAGAAGGGAUACAUCCACGAGGAUAUAGUAGAUCGAGAAGGUUAUGGGCAUCAGGUAUUCGCCGUUGCUGGUCACGGCGCGUACAUGAGAAAGAUGGACACGGGCGCUCUCCUCCCUGCCCACAAGCUCGAGCCCAAACCUGCCAUCACAGACCCCAAGGACCUUGUCUUUGUCGAUUGUGCCGGUGGGUCAUCGGAUAUCAACGUACAUGCCCGCCUUGCAUCUCACCUGGGCGCCCCUUGGCCGCCUAAGACAGAUCUCUGGGCGACCCAGUUGCGAUACAUCGCGGUUGCGGUUGGAGGAUGCAAUGCUUCCAUGAAAAUCCCACGCAAGGCUUCUUAUCGGUCGAAGAUCUGGGACCAUGCGGGCGGGAUGUUGAUUGUCGAAGAGGUUGGCUGCAUUGUCAGCGACCUUGCUGGUCGUCCGGUUGACUGCAGCCUGGGGCGCACUUUGGCGGGAUGUCAUGGGAUGAUUGUUGCGCCUUCCUCUAUCCACCAACGGUUUGUGGACGCUGUGCAACAAAUCAUGUAA